UUUCGAACACUCCGCGCAGAAACGUCAAACACCGUUUUUUUCGCAGACUUUUCGGCUGCAGUUUCUUUGAAGACGCAUCGGAGAUUCAACAGAAAAUUCUGGCUUUUCCUGCGGCAGUCCGUUGCUCUUUUACGGUGUUUUUGUGAAGUGAAUCCCUAUCAUCGUCUUCCGGCGAUUCAACAAGUUCAGUGUUUUUGUCCGGCGGAACCGCUAGAGAACUCAGCAAGCAAACAACAAUGGAUGACGGCAGGGAAGAGCAUCAAUUCGUCGUGGAUGAUGUGAGCAAAAUUAUCAAGGAAGCAAUCGAAACGACCAUCGGAGGCAACGCGUACCAACACGACAAGGUGAACAACUGGACCGGAUCAGUCGUGGAAACCUGCCUGAGUGUGCUAACCAAACUGCAGAAACCUUACAAGUAUAUUGUCACCUGUAUGAUCAUGCAGAAAAACGGUGCCGGACUGCACACGGCCAGCUCCUGCUUCUGGAACAACGAAACGGACGGUUCCUGCACGGUACGCUGGGAGAACAAGACGAUGUACUGCAUCGUGUCGGUGUUCGGACUGUCGAUCUAGAAAGUUUAGCGCCGCACGUUUGUUCGGUGUCACUACCCGGAAUGUUGCCUCCUUCUCGUCCGAGCGAAGAAAGAAAGGGAAGCGAAACCACAUUGACUACAUUGACUAGACGCUGACAAGCGGAUUCGUAAGCUCCCACGUCCAUUCUGGUGCGCAUUCGCCAAUUUAGCUGUUGGUAUUUUUUUUUAUUAUGAAUACUACAUCACCAUCACUAUUUAUAUUCCAAUUUGAGGGAUGAUUGGUUUUGAUGUCUACACUUUUAGUUAUCUCGUAAAUUAUUUAAUAUAAUUACCAUGUGGCCCUUGGAAGCGAAAAUAUAUGUAUAGCAAAUGGGUUCUUUCCCAUUCCAUAAAUUUACCAAAACCGAAUAUUCGAUUGUUCUAAAAAUAUAUAUUUUUAAGUAAAUUAAAACAUGUUUUUCUCGUACCCCGCUUUAUCCCAUCAAAACAAAACAAAAAAAAUCACCAGCUUCGAUGUUCAGAUAUCGGUUCAAAUACUUCGUAAAUUGGCCGGCUCGGAGUGUAGCCUCCUUACUGAAGUAUUUUCUUUAUCAAUAGCUUAACAUCGUAGUUAGAUUUUUCCAGUUGUUCCACGAACUUUGAAACCCGUAGACAUAAUUGUUGUAGAAUCAGAAAAUAACAAAAUUGGGCCUUGGAUAUGAUCGGAUCAAGAAAUCGACUAACAAUUACCUAACUGAUGAUGCGAAUGGAAUUUGAGAGUGUAAGACGCGACGCGCAAAUUUAGGAACCAGUAUGAAGGAUGGUUUUGUGGUCACCGCUGCACUUGAGUUAUUUGCUGUUAUCAACGAAAUAUUGCAGGGCAGCGAGCGUGGAAGAAUUGUGUGCGUUAAUGUUGGAAUAAAAUCUAGAAUGUAAGAUUUAACGAAUAGAA